AUGAGUUAUGUGAUGAGGGAUGGAGAUAGCAUUGAAUCUUUGGCUAGCCGGUUCGGGGUUAGUAUGGAUAGCAUUGAGAAAGUGAAUGGGAUUGAUGAUCCUGAUAAUGUGACUGUCGGUGCUGUAUAUUACAUACCUUUGAAUUCAGUUCCUGGUGAGCCUUAUCCUUUGGAGAGUAUUCCUCCUGCUCCUGUUCCUUCUCCACCCAUUGACAGUUCUUCAGCAAAUCAAGUGGAUCAUAAGGCGCAUGUGCCAUAUUUAUGGAUUGUAGGGAGUUUAGGAAUUGUUCUUGUUGUGAUAGUAUUAGGCAUACUUUUAUAUGUUUGCCUAAGGUCAUCAAAGUGCUUAACUGAAGAACGAAGAGGUCACUCAAAAGAUCCUGAUGGCCAGAUUAGAUUUCAUAUUCUUGGGAAGCCAAGUUUCUGUUGUGGUUCAGGAAGGUACAUGUGUUGCACGUCUGCAGAUUGGAAGCAAACCAAUGGGGAUUCUAGCAACCAGCAGAUAACUAUUCCCAAAGCUCUCGGCAGUCAUGUACUUGACAUGGAGAAGCCUGUGGUUUUCACAUAUGAAGAAAUUUCUUCCUUAACAGACGGGUUCUCUGAUUCACGUCUUCUGGGGCAUGGAACAUAUGGUUCAGUGUAUUAUGGCCUCCUCCGUGAGCAGGAAGUUGCAAUUAAAAGAAUGACUGCUACAAAAACUAAAGAGUUUAUGGCAGAAAUAAAAGUUUUGUGCAAGGUUCAUCAUACAAAUCUGGUAGAAUUGAUUGGUUAUGCUGCAAGUGAUGAUGAGCUCUUCCUUAUAUAUGAAUAUGCCCAAAAAGGUUCACUUAAAAGUCAUUUGCAUGAUCCUCAGAACAAGGGUCAUACAUCACUUUCCUGGAUCAUGAGGGUCCAGAUUGCUCUUGAUGCUGCUAGAGGUCUCGAGUACAUCCACGAGCACACUAAAACUCAUUAUGUCCAUCGCGACAUCAAGACAAGCAACAUCUUGCUUGAUGGUACCUUCAGGGCAAAGAUUUCAGAUUUUGGGUUGGCAAAAAUUUUCGGUAAAACAAGUGAGGGAGAAGCUACGGUAACCAAAGUUGUUGGUACAUAUGGUUAUCUGGCUCCAGAAUACCUGAGUGAUGGCCGUGCUACUACCAAAAGCGAUAUUUAUGCUUUUGGGGUUGUUCUUUUUGAGCUUAUAUCGGGAAAGGAGGCUGUUAUACGAACUGAAGGCACAGCUACAAAAAAUUCUGAAAGGCGUUCACUGGUAUCUAUUAUGCAAACAGCUCUUAGGAGUGCACCGGACUCCAUGAGUAUGUCAAGCUUGAAAGAUUACAUUGAUCCAAAUAUGAUGGACUUGUAUCCCCAUGAUUGUCUAUUCAAGGUGGCCAUGAUAGCGAAGCAAUGUGUAGAUGAUGACCCCAUCCUACGGCCCGACAUGAAAGGAAUCGUGAUUUCCCUGUCACAGAUCCUCCUAUCUUCAGUGGAGUGGGAAGCCACUCUUGCAGGGAACAGCCAGGUAUUCAGUGGCCUUGUUCAGGGAAGAUAG